AGUUCUUGGCAGACCUGAGCAUAUCUUGAAGCAGCAACUUAAAAUAACUAUAUUAUUUUUUUUUUAAUCUAUAAUAAAACAAUGCAAGGUAUAUUUAUUUAAGUGUGUUUAAAAUUAAUUUUUUUGGUAGAUAAAGUCAGCCCUAGAACUUAGUAAAAGUAAACCUGAACGCAGCCAAUUACAAACACAAACGUACACUGUACCUUCUGCUCUGUAUCCUGUUGAAGAAUGAUUCAGCAAAAUAGUUAUAAUUAUAAAGACGAAAAACGGAAAGAAAAAGCUUUCCUGGAUUCUUGUGGCAUCGUAACUUGAACCUUAAAAUGGAAGGAAGACGCUCUGUUAAAAUGCAGGAUCCAAUAUCACCAAGCCCCUGCUUGGACAUAAGCGACGACGAGCUAGUGACAAUAUCAGUCCGUGACUUAAACCGCCAGCUCAAACUCCGUGGACUAUCCCGCGAUGAAAUAGUGCGAAUGAAACAACGCAGAAGAACACUGAAGAACCGUGGAUACGCUGCCAGCUGCAGGACUAAAAGACUCGAACAGAAAGACGAGUUAGAAACAGAAAAAACUCAGGAAAUUCGUGACAUGGAGUUGAUGCAAGAAAACAAUGAAUUAAUGCGCAAGGAAAUUGAGACUUGGCACUCCAAGUACUUGGCAUUGAAGAGAUUCGUUGCUGAAAGAAAAAUUCCUAUCCCUCAUGAAUUAGAAACUAUUUAAUUUUCAAUACUUAAGAUUUAUUUAUUUAUAAUAAAUAUUAAAUAUUUAGUUCAUUAGUUUA